CCAAGAGAUUGCCGGUAUUAUCGGCCAGCUUCCUCAGACUUAGUCGAUAAUCGUACCUCUCGAAAACGAUAAGUUUAUCAAUUUUUUUUUGGCUCCGGGAUUAUAGUUUCGGAUUGCCAAUUAUAGACAGGAUUGCAUUUUAAAUAUUUCCGCGGAAGUCAAUCGCUAAUCGGAUAGUGCGCGAGUGCGAUUUUUUUCUAAUUUUCACAGAAUGAGGAUUAUCACUUUUUGUGUAGCGAUAUGCUCGCUGUUAACGGUAGCCCACUCAUCGGAACCAGAAAGUAAGAAAAAAGAAAAACGCCAACUCGAUUACGGUAUAUUACAGCGAUACCCACAAACGUACCACUUAGAAAGAAGGAUAUCAAAUGGACCCCAGCACCCAUUCUCCCAACCAACACAGUACCAUCCGGGUCCACCCCGUCUUUAUCGUAAAGGUAGACCAUAUUCUCUUCCCGCACCUCCUUACGCUGUUCAAAUGGAACCUUUAAUCCACUAUUCUCAACGCGAUCCCUUGUAUGAUACUAACACUUUAUCCCCCGCUAUAGAUCCCAGUCAAGACCUAACGGAUAUCAACCAUGUGAGCGACCCCAUUGACCGUGGAGGAAGUGGAGACACGAUCUACAUACCACACAAGCCGCUGAUCAAGUACAUCGAAAAGCCCGUGUUUAUUAAGGAGCCGGAACCUAUCAUCGAAAUUAUUAUUAAGGAAUCGAAUGUUACUUUGCCACCACCUCCCACUGAAGCACCGCCGCCUCCGCAAAAAAAGAAAAAGGAGGAGGUGCAAGUUUUUUAUGUAAAAUAUAAAAAGAAUCCCAAUGGUUAUGGUAAAGAUGCGGUUAUUUACGAUAAGCCAAUUCCGGCAAUAAGUCCUGUUGUUCCCGAAGAGCCGGAACCAGAAGAAGAAUGGAAGGACCAACCUGAGCCUUCAGGAUACGAAACAGGUUAUGGAACUGGGUACUCUAAUGAAGUGACAGAACCUCCCAAGCCUAGUACCACAUUAAGAACGAUUAUUAAGCCAGAUUCUGAAGUAUACCACAGUCCUGGUAAUGACAUAAAAGUAACCUUUGGUAAGGAAGGCUUUGAUUAUGGCAAGAGAUCAAGUAAGCCUCAAGACUAUCCUGGACCUAUCGCUAGUCCACCUGCUGAAGAACAAUUCCCACGAGCUCGACAGCUAUCAUCAUUUUCAGAUGUUUACUUUAAAAGGCCAUCGCAUAAUUUCUAUCAUUCAAGCGAAUAUAGGACCGAUCAUAGACAGCCACAGCCAUACAGACCAUUCAGUAACUUUCCUCCAUCUUCUAACCAAUUUAACAGUCACCCUCCUAACAGAGAAUUUAACAGUAGACCUCCGCCACCAUUUUUCCCUCCCUCUAAAUAUCCUUACCAAAACCCGCCAUAUACAAAACCAUCAAACCCACCUCCUUCGCAGCAACAAUCAAAACCAUCAGCAUUUCCUAGUUUCGCACAUUCGAUCUCUCAUCCGCCACCUGCACAAUAUCAAUCUAAACCAAGCUUUUCAGUACCUGCACAACAACAGAUUAGAUAUCAAACGCAACCACAAUUUCAAGACGUGCCACCUCCAGGGCAACGUAAACCUGUCCCCUACACUCCAUUUGAGAAUUUAAGACCUUCUCAGCCAACCUUUUCACAACCAUUACCCUCUCAUCAACCCCAUCAAUCAUUUAAUCAACCUCAACCGACACAAGUGACUAAUCAUCAACAAUCUGCCGCUCAGCAUUUGCCUCACGUGAGUCAAAGUAUUCAAUUUAGACCAGAAACUCGAUUCAGUGCAGCACAGCAAUCAGUCACGCAGCACAAGCCGAGCUUUGCCGAAGUAAAUAAUCAGUAUAAGCUUGUUCAACAGCCACAACAACAACAUAAGCCUACAAUUCAGCAAGUCCCUGCUGUUCUACAACAUGAGACUGUCCAACAAAAUUUUAAUCAAUAUCAACAGAAACUACAACAAAAUGUCAAGUCGAGUGAACAAUCGCACUAUCAGGAACACUUAAACAAUUUGAGGACUGCACAAAAUGUCCUGCCUCCAGGAGGCGAGCUUGUUCAUAGCCUCCCAAAAUUCGAGCAACAUCUUGUCGUAGAUCCGGCAACAGGUCAGCUAACUCAGUCUUUACCACUACAGGACUCUCCUCAGCAAAGUUUUACUUCCUCCCAAGAAAACCAAAACGUUAGAGCACACAAACAGGUGAAGAAUAAUCAAAACUCUAGACAACAUUCGCAACAGUCGAAUGAAAUUCUGAAUAGACAGCAAAGUAGCAACCAGGUAUUUGGAAAUCAGAGAUCAAUUGGGUAUAGUACUACAAGGUCCUAUCCAAGUACUACUACUACUACUACUGUAAAGCCCACAACAACGACAAAAGAACCAGAGAAACCGUCAACGACCACCAAAGAUCCAAAAAUUCUAGAAGCACAACUACCUGAUGAAGUGCCUGAUGAUUUAAGAGAGCAACUUCUUUCUUCAGGCAUCCUUAACAAUGCUGAUAUUUCGAUUUUAGAUUAUGAUAAAGUUGGAGAUAUUCCGCUGUCAGCUUUACCACCAGAGCAACUGGCAAACUUUUACGGAGCUGGUGGUGCUCAACAGUUAGCAGCCGCAGGUAGCGAACCAGUACCACAGGUUGCAGCUUUAACUGGUAGAAGAGAACUUACUUCAUUACAGGAUGAUGCGGAAAUGUCUGCGGAAGAAUCUGAAGUAAGUGAGGUUAAAGUGGCUCCCAGUUCAAAACAAGGUGUUGAAAUGAAAGUGGUGAAAUAUGAUCCAGAAACUGAGAAAGGAAGACAAGUCCAAGAAGCAUAUAUUAGUGAAGAUGCUAAGCAGGUCGAUCCUGUUGUAUUAAAUGAUAAUACUUACAAUAGGUAUUUACCUCUUAAAGUUAACGGCACGCAAUUCCCAAUCCCAGACGUACCAGAAUUAAAAGGGAAACUUAUCUCUAGCGUCGUUGUAUUGGCUCCGAUAAGUUACGAUUUUUCGACGAGGCCCACAAGAGAAGCUAAACCUAAUGACGACAUUGACUUUAUUCAAAAUCAGCCUUUGAAGGAGCUGCUAAAUGAUCCUAGCAAGGAAAAUUAUCUUAAGUUUUUGGAACAUGAGAAAAAAACUUCAGCUUCUAAGCAGGCUGUUGUUUUACUUGUUACAGGAUCUGAAGAUACCAAGGAAAAGGAAAUUUAUAUGUACGAUAUCGGUUCAAAGACAGUGAGUAAGUUAAGCGGUGAGCUUUCUUCAGCAUUUGUUGAAGCUGCUGAAGCCAAUUCAACUGAUGAUCCUGCACAAGAACAAGAUGCUUCAGGUUCUGAUCUUGUUGAAGUGAAAGUUUCUCCUAAUGGAUCUACGGUAUAAAACUUAUGUACAGAAAAACAUAUAAGAAGAUUGGCGGGCAGCCGGUGUGGAGUACAUAUGAGCAUUAACCGUCGUUAACAUACCUUCUGCCAUAUACAGCCCGGCCUGAUUCUUAAAAAUCUAUUUUAAUUUUUGCUCAAUUUGGAUUUUUUUCAGAUUCAUUUCGUAAUUUUGUUAUACUUUUAGAAUAUAAUGUAGUAGAAAAAAAUAGUUAAAUGAUUGUAAAUUCAUAAAAAGCUUUAACAUAUCUAUUUAUCUAGUCUAUGGUUUUUACUUCCGUUUCUAUAAUUCUAGAAUUAAGAUCUUUUAGGAGAAAUGAUAAAAUAUUGCAAAAGUAUGCUCAUUUUUAUUGACUCUUUACUAGAGUUACCUAAAAUGGGAUGGCCUUAUUACAUAUUAGGACCUUUGUGAUUGUAUUUUUGUACAGUGUAUUAUUUUUAUUUUUAUAAUAAACUUUAAAAGUGAAUAGUAA